UGACCCCACGGCCCCCGACAAGCACUGUGGUUAUCGGUGAUCCCAUGCUUGCUUCUGCUGACUACGCCUGCGCCAGCUGCAGCCUCAGUAGGUUUUUGAAACAUGAAUCCUUCACUCUUUCUCGCUGCUCUUUGCUUGGGAAUUGCCUCAGCUGCUCUAAAACAUGAUCAAAGUUUAGAUGCACAUUGGAACCAGUGGAAGUCAACGUACAAGAAACCAUAUGCCGUGCAUGAAGAAGACUGGAGGAGAGCAGUAUGGGAGAAGAACAUGAAGAUGAUUGAACUGCACAAUCGUGAAUACAGCCAGGGAAAACAUGGCUUCACAAUGGCCAUCAAUGCCUUUGGUGAUAUGACCAAUGAAGAAUUCAGGCAGGUGAUGAAUGGCUUUCAAAACCAGAAACGUAACAAGGGGAAGAUGUUCCAUGAACCUGUCUUUGGUAAUAUCCCCAAAUCUGUGGAUUGGACUCAGAAAGGCUAUGUGACUCCUGUGAAGAAUCAGGGUGAGUGUGGUUCUUGUUGGGCCUUUAGCGCAACUGGUGCCCUAGAAGGACAGAUGUUCCGGAAAACUGGCAAACUUGUCUCACUCAGUGAGCAGAACCUGGUGGACUGCUCUCAGCCUGAAGGCAAUGAAGGCUGCAGUGGUGGCCUGAUGGAUUCUGCUUUCCAGUAUGUUAAGGACAACGGAGGCCUUGACUCAGAGGAAUCCUAUCCAUAUCUUGCAACGGACACACAAGACUGUCACUACAAGCCCGAGUAUUCUGCUGCCAAUGACACUGGCUUCGUGGACAUCCCUCAGCAGGAGAAGGCACUGAUGAAGGCAGUGGCAACCGUGGGUCCUAUCUCUGUUGCUAUUGAUGCAGGCCAGACGUCCUUCCAGUUCUACAAGUCAGGAAUUUAUUACGAUUCGGACUGCAGCAGCAAGAAUCUGAACCACGGUGUUCUGGCGGUUGGCUACGGCUUUGAAGGAACAGACUCAAAAAACAAUAAAUAUUGGCUUGUCAAGAACAGCUGGGGCACAAGUUGGGGCACAGACGGGUACAUAAAGAUGGCCAAAGACCGGAAAAACCACUGUGGAAUCGCCACGGCAGCCAGCUACCCCACCGUGUGACCUGAUGUGCCUGGAUAAUGAAGGAUCCAGGACAGCCUUUCCAAAUAAUGGAUUUUUACCUUAAAACUGACCAACCCUUAUUGUCAGGGAUAAAACACUUGAAUCAUUGAGGAUCCAAAUUGUGAUUUGAAUUCUGUGACAUUUUUACACUGGUAAAACGUUACCACUACUUUUAUUACUGCUGUAAACAGGUUUGUAAUAUCGACUCGUUGCUUAAAAACUUCUGAAUUUUCAUUGAAAAAAAUGUCUAUCUAGUCUUAUCUUUUUAAAUAAAAGUUAAAUUUCAC